AUGCAAAAAGAGGAAAUAUUUGAGAAUCACCCUCGUCUUACGAAUGGCGGCGGCGGCGGCGGUGAAGGUAGGGCUUACCACGGCGAUGAUGAUGGCAGUGUUUUCGCUGCAGUAGUAGUUGUAUUAGUCGCAAAUAGAAAACCCAACAGAAAUUCUAUCUAUCUGCACCAGAUAGUGUAUUCAUUAGUUGUGGUGUGUCUCUUUGCACGGUCCAUUCUCUUUCUCCUACACUUCAUUUUCAUUCACAGAAACUUUGACACCCCUAUCGAUAAACUUCCAUCCUUACUCUCCAGCCUUACUCUCUAUUUCUUGUUUACUCUGAUAGACAUCGCUUGCGUUCAUCUAUCGCUCACAUUUUACGGCACGACGCUACUUAUUCAAAUAAAACAGAAAAUUCUGUUCUUUUUCGGUCUUUUGUUCUUGAUGAUUUACCUUUCUUCUCUGCUUUUCUUUGAUCUCAUUCAUCGUUUCUCGCACAACCUUUAUUAUUAUUAUUGUUUUUUUUAUCCUAUUUCUCAACUCCCUCUCACAAUUUAUCUAUUUAUCUAUCCAUCUAUCUUAAAUCAUUCUGUUUCAAUAUAUCUAUCUAUCUAUCUAUCUAUCUAUCUAUCUAUCUAUCUAUCUAUCUAUCUUAAAUCAUAUCUAUCUAUCUAUCUAUCUCAUCUAUCUAUCUAUCUAUCUAUCUAUCUAUCUGUUAAAUCUAUCUAUCUAUUUAAAUCAUCUAUCUAUUAUCCAUAUCUAUCUAUCUGUCUUAAAUCAGUCUGUUUCAGUAUCUAUCUAUCUAUCUAUCUAUCUAUCUAUCUAUCUAUCUAUCUAUCUAUCUGUCUUAAAUCAGUCUGUUUCAGUAUCUAUCUAUCUAUCUAUCUAUCUAUCUAUCUAUCUAUCGUUUUUCUUGUUACCAUAUCUGUCUGUCUGUCUGUCUAUCUAUGUCUACACGACCGCGUUUCUUGA